AUGGCACAGAAAGAAGGAGCAAAAGCUCAGGGCCGUGUUAAAACCGGGGACCAUCUCGGGGCCAAAGCCGUAGCCGGGGCCCCGAUAGCCGGCGGAGGAGUGGUGGUGGAGGUCAGGGAGAAGAAGGGAUCUCUGCGGGCUGCGAUACCCACAAUGCCCUUCCCUUUGGCUGUCAUCUGCCUGUUCCUGAACACCUUCAUACCUGGACUCGGUACCUUCAUCUCUGCGUUCGCGGUGCUGUGUGGAGCUCGCAACGAGCUGAUCUCGGAGCGAGGCGUUUGCUGUGUGUUCUGGCUCAACGUGGCGGCGGCCCUCAUCCAGAUACUGACAGCGGUCGUCAUGGUUGGAUGGAUCAUGAGCAUCUUCUGGGGAAUGGACAUGGUCAUCCUGGCGAUUUCUGAUGGCUACAGAGACCAGAGUCUUCCUCAGGAUGUCUGA